CCUCUCUUUUUCUCCCCAUUUAAUGCCUCUUUCCAUGUUCUUUGUCUUCCUGGAUCAUGCCUAGUAUCUUCCUUCUUCCUCCCUCAUCCAAAUACAUCCAAUAAUUUUACAAAUUCGGAAGCAGAGCAGAGAAGAUGACGAUGGAUAGCCCUACCAGAUAUGGGUUGGUGGCCGUGUUCUCCGUAUCGGCAAGUAUGGCUUUUCUGCUUCAUCACCUCCAUAAGCGAUUGGUGUCUGACUUCAUGAACAAGUUUGAGUUCCAAAUCUCUGGUAACUGUGAGAAGGGACAAGGGAAGAAGAAGGUGCGAUUCGCAGAGAAAGUGAUAGAGGUUGGAGUAGAGGAGGAAGGGAAGACGAAGGGUUAUAAGAGCAGAGAAUGGAGGGAGGGUGCUCCUAGAUUGGAGGACGUAAUGCCUCCCAAUAGGGCAGCUCUUUACAGGGGCAUUAUCAAGCAUAGGACUCUUCGUUUCUGA